AAACAGCAGACCGGUGCAGAUCAGGGCUGCAGCAGGGAGACAGGGGUGCAUGGCUGCAACAUGCCUGCGCCUCUCCACCGCAACCCGACCAGCCGUGCCAGCGUCCGGCAGCGCCAUAAUCAAACUUUUCUGUACAUUUUCACGUCACCUGGACGCGAAACAUAAAUUUGGCAUCCUAUGCAAAUAUAUGCUGACGUAAAAGAUCAUGUGGUUUUUGUCGUCGAUCCCCCCUAUGAGCAACGAGGAGGCUUUUUUUUCUCCUCUCUACUGUUGUCUUUAGGUUAGCUAUGCUACAAUCUUUACUGUACCCAGCGCUAGCUAUAUGCGCCCCGCACCGCACCACUCUGGAUAUCUGGGAAUAAUCAACUUCCAGCUUGUCGCACCCUGCAACCAGAGACUACACACAGAGCCCACGGGAGAUUACCCAGAGUGCCGCUGUGGCCUGAGGAUCGUCCAGAGAGGAGAGAGGGAGAGAUAAGGCGAGAGAGGACGAGCCAACAGUGAUUGGAGGAGGAGGAGGAGGAGGAGCCUAACGAAGAGCCCCUCCCCUUCCAGUGAAGCCCCUCCCCUUUGAGGAAGUGCACUUGAGCGCCACUGCUGUCUGUGAUGCCCUCCCAUGACGCCCAGGUCAGUAGCUGACACUGCCAGUGAGCGGGAGACGCCACUGCACAAGCGGUCCUGGGCCGGUGCCAUCAGCCGGUUCUUGCCCUCCCUCUCUCACGCUGGAGACUCCACCUCCACCCGCCUACCAGUAUCCACAACCAUCAGCUCCGAUCCACCCCAGUAAGACCCCCUCAAAAACCGACACGCUGACGUCCUUGGCAAGCACCAGCAGCAGCAGCAGCCAAAAACAACAGUAUCUUCAACGCAAUCAGCAACACCAGCACCACCAUUACCACCACCACCAGCAGCAUCCGUCAUGUCCAGCCGUAGGAAGUCCUCCACCCCCUGCAUGGUCCGGGUCAUCAGUGACCUGCCUGAAGAGCAAGAUGACCCGGAGGAGGUGAUGGACAUGGAAAUAUUGGCGGACAACAAUGUGACAGAAAAAGAACAGUCGGAAUCAAAUGAAUCUGCAGAAAAGAGUCAAGACAUCCAGCAGGGGAAACCAGAGAAUCCAGACCAGCAGACAUUUCCAAAACCGGUGGAAAACCAGAAUCCUGAGCCAUUAGAACAAGAGAAGCAGUCGGGUAAAGAAGACCAACCCCCAGUCAUUGAAGACGUAGAAGCCAGAGAAGAGAAGGACAGGGGAGGGGCUGAAUCUGACCCGGCAUCCCAGAAAAAGCAGCCCAGAGGUUACGAGUGCAAAUACUGCCCGUUUUCAACGCAGAAUCUGAAUGACUUCAAAGAGCAUGUGGACUCGAGCCACCCUAACGUCAUUCUCAAUCCGUUGUACCUCUGUGCUGUCUGCAACUUCAACACCAAGAAGUUUGACUCGCUCACAGAGCACAACGAGAGCCAGCACCCGGGCGAGACAAACUUCAAGUUCAAGAGGAUAAAAAUGAACAAUCAGACUAUCUUAGAGCAGACAAUCGAAGGCAAAGACAAUUCAGUUGAAUGUGAAGUGACAAAUGAACAGGGUGAGAGCAGCAGCAGUUCUGUGUUUCCACCUUGUAUAUCUACCACGGUGAAAACCCCAGACAACAUCCAGUCGCUCUAUCAAGGGAGCGAACUGAAGAGCCAGCUGGAUGGCCUGAUCCAGAAGGAUCAAAUCACAGCAGUAAACAUCAACGGAACAGUCAUCAUCCCCGAACCCACCAUCCUUCAAGGGCUCUCCCAUGUCACCCCAAUGCUCCAGCGCCCGCCCAACUUUAACUCUGUACCAAAAAUAGCUGUUCCCUUGAACACCACCAAAUAUAACCCAUCUUUAGAUGACAACCUGACAUUGAUCACCUCCUUUAACAAGUUUCCUUACCCAACACAUGCCGAGCUGUCGUGGCUUACGGCUGCCUCCAAACACCCGGAGGAACAGAUCAAAGUCUGGUUCACCACCCAGCGGCUAAAGCAAGGCAUCACCUGGUCCCCAGAGGAGGUGGAGGAAGCCAGAAAGAAGAUGUUCAAUGGCUCCAUCCCUCCUGCCCAUCACACCUUCACCAUCCUGCCUACAAGCCCCAUCUCUCAGCCAUCUGCCAAAGCCUCUCAGCAGCCCAUUGUCCACACCACAGUCGAGCAUCCAGGUCAUGUCCGAACAACCACGUCCAAUGGGUUAAGUGCAGUCACCACCACAAACUCUCCUGCUGGAAUUGCCAUUGGCUCUGGCCAUAGCAUAAAACGACCCCUGCCGGCACAUCUGACGACAGUGUUCGGCCCAGAGUCCAAGCGACCCGUCAUGGCAGUUGCCCCCCAUUCUGGCGACCCAAAAGACAAGGGCCUCAUGGCUCCUCCUCCACCCCCUCCGCCCCAGAAAGACCGCCUCCCAAUGGCUCCACCUCCUGUUCCAAUGGAGAUGAAGAGACCUGUAGCAGUUCCUCUGGUCACCACAGAGAUGAAGAGGCCAUCCGCUGCUGUGCCUUUAAUGCCACCACCUUCAUCAUCGUCAUCACCAUCUUUGUCGUCCAAAGGGAAGAUUCUCUCGACGUUAGGAACCCCCAAAACAAAGCCGGUGGUGUCGCUGCCCUCCAUAGUCUUUCCAGAGUCCUUAACAAGGCCAAUGAUAGCUCCCCCACCUAUCUGUGCCCCUCCGUUUAAAAACUCAUUUCUUGUUCCUCGUUCUUUGCCGUCCUCUUCCAAAGAAAAGCACCCCAAUACCCAUCCUUUGCCAGCUGCGGAUUUUAAGCUGCCAAACUCCCCUCCACUCAUUACCCCACAGAUAAGGAGGCCAACCAUUAUUCAGUCCAUUCGUGCUCCGGCAAAAGCACCACCCCAGAUUCCAGGGUUCCCCAUGGAUGGCAAGAAACUAAACGAGCAGCAAGGAGUGGAGCUAAAAGCCAGCUACCCAAGAGAAGACAAGGUACUCACUCCUCUGGCAGAGGCCAAUGGGACUUCUCGCACGGACAGCAAAUGGCCCCGCAAUCAGACCUCCUCUGCUCACAACAACAACGGGGUUAUACAUUUAGAUGGUGGUGAGCUGCCAGCAGCACCGAAACAAGAUUUUCAUCAAAAGUCCUCAGUGCUGACACAGUUCCCAUUGCUGGAGAGGAUGAAAGGAAAGACGGCAGAACAGCUAAAGAUCUUAGAGGAGAACUUCUUGAGGAACAGUUUCCCCACACACAGCGACGUGGACAAUCUGUCAGCCAGCACCCGCCUGUCUCACCAGGAAAUCGACAGCUGGUUUGUGGAGCGCCGCGCACUACGCGACAACCUGGAACAAGCGCUUCUCAACUCUAUGGGCACUAAGAGGACUGGCGUGGGUGGCAUCGCCGCCAUCACUGACAAACGACUACAUCAGCAGCAACAGCAACACCAAACUCUACAGCUGAAUGGGAUUCACAAACCAAGCACCGGCGUGGGCCAUCUUAAAAGCCCUCCUCCACCUACACACACCCUGCCCAUCAUUGCCCCUGGCACCAUUGCACCCUCCAUCCCCAACCCGAAUUCCUGCUCAGUGCCUCCAGACAGCCGAUCCCUGGCGCUCCUCAAGGACGAUUUUGCUCAAACACGGUGGCCUUCCCCUGAGGAGUUUAGCCAGCUGGAGGGUCGGACAGGACUGGCUCGAGCCGACCUCGCCCGCUGGUUCAACGACAGCCGGCUGCAGAGCGGCAGCAUGGAGCUGACAGAACUUUUUCACAACAAUGGAGUAAAUGGAGGACAGGGGCUGCCCGUGUGUUCCCCCGAAAACACUCCCUCCAGCAUAAUCCAGCGUUGUCAGGAAGGAGCUGUAACAAACAACAACAGCAGUAAGGUGCUGGAGGUUGAGUUGGGCUGGCUGAUGGAGCAGCGUGCAAACAGCCUCAGCAGUCAACAGCACGAUGAGCUCCAUGACCGGUUCGCUGGCAGACUGAGGCAGCAGAACGUGGCGGAGCUGAAGAACGGGGGACAGAACGGGGGAGUCAUGGGAGGAGCCCGGGAGGUGUUCGGGAGCUGGCUGGAGGACGGACGCUCGAGGAGAGGACGGGAGCUGCUCCUGGACAGAGAGAGGAAGAUGGCGGAGGACACGUCUGGGAGGCUGACUGGAUAAACGGUGCGAAUAGGAUUUGCCGCCAUUGCCGCCGCUGCUGCUGGAAACAUACAGAAGGAAAGAAAACGAAGAAUGGAGCAACAAAAGAAGAGUUUUUUUAAUUAUCAGAUAUUGUAUUUUUUUCCUUCCUUUUUUUUAUUUUUUACUGAUUUUUAUCUUUUGAUUGUCGCACUGCAGAUCACGCACAACAUCCUCCUCAUGUCAUGUCGGAGGUAAUCUCAUCAGUGUUCUCAACCUGGAGUAACCCCUCCACAGAUGUGACGUUCACAACAAAAAAGAUGAGUUUAAAUAAGACGGGGGGCUCUGGGGUGGCAGGUUUUUAUUUUGGCGAGCCGCAAAACACGCUCCCCAGGUUUGAAAUCUGAAGAGCGCAAGGAGAAAUUCAGGGUCACGGUCUGUGAAGAUAAUUGAAAUUUGCCCACUCUCACAUUGAAUCUCAAAUUGCUGUUUUCUUUUCAUUUUUCACAGUGAUGUGAGUUUUACAAUGGUAUUACAAUACAAUACAGGAGCAAAUCUUCACCCUGAAUAAGAUGCAGCUUAUAGGUGGAGGAGAGGAUUUCUAAAAUGCUGUAAACAAGUGAUCAAAUGUAUGACAGGGUUCUGGACAUGCUGAGGCUUCCUUUUAAGGUGGAAUUUGACUUUUUUCAGCAGGACAUGGUUCUUAAAAAUCCUCCAAAAAUUCCUUUAAAAGAGGUGGAUUGGUUUGUGGCACUGGUCCCUGUAAUCCCCAAACAUCCCGCAGUCAAAGUCCAAACAGUUUUAUUAGAGGAGAUUUUGUGUGUAUCACAGACACACAACAAUCAAACAAAAGUAAGAAAACACUUCCCCUUUAACAUCAGCCUUCGCUCAAGUUUAUGAUAAAAGAUGCUGGUUCCUGAACAUUUCCUCAGUGUCCCACUUUCGUAUUACACAGCAGUACGCAGUGUACUGAUGUUGACUGUGCACACAAGGAGCUUAAAAAGGUACAACACUAAUAGAGCGUUGCACUCUUUUAACACUGUCAAACUCACUUUAAUUUGGUGCAUGUGUCUUCCUCAAAACCUGGUGCCUACAUUACCCACAAUGCAACUCAACUCAGCGCCAAAUCACGUUGGUGACAGUGGAGUGGAAAAACUUCCCUUUAAGAGGCAGAAACCUCGAGCAGAACUAGACUCAGGGUGGAUUCAGAUUCCAUGUAGACAUGUAAGUAAUAUGACCAAUCAGACUACCAAUAGCACUGAUACAUUUUAAAUGUAAGAACAGCCAUCGAGCAGGAUUGUGGGAGCAGCAGGAGGCAUGACAUUACAAAUACCUGCACUGCACAUGACAGGAGAAGACGAUGGCUGAAUUGUGUCUUUAAGAUGAUUUACUGUCUCUCUUAAAACUCUGAACCAUCCCUUUACUUACAGGUGCUUCAUUAAUGAUCAGACCUAAACUCUCCCUUCAAGAGGAUGUUUGAUUAGUGUGCUCACGUCCCUUUAACAGGGAGUUAUAAACAGUAAUUUAAAACCCCCUGAAAAUCGUGUUUUUGCUGACCUCUAGUGGUGUAACUUCUCACCUUGCUGCAGUGACACACAGGUGUACUCCAGGACGCUGUGAUGUCACUACUGGGUGUGGUUACAGGUGCAAUAGCACGAUGCUGGCAGUUCUCUGAAGUGACACAGACUUGAAACUUUCAACCAGAGGAGGCAGCAAAUACAGGUUUUCAGCCUGGUGUUGAGUUACACUUUGUUUAGUAAAGUUGAAGAAGAAGAUGAUUUUCUGAUAUGCUACACCUUCCCUUUAAGAGGAGGAUUGAUUAGUAUCUCAGUAUCAAUUUGUGAAUUUAAAAAAACCUGGGUCGAAAGGUUGAUGUAUCGAUGAAGAUAAAUUUGCCAAAGUGAAAUGAAAACAGACUUUGUGAGUAAAUGCCGAAUUACAUGGAUCAUGUGACUUAAACAUCCAGUGUCAGAUUUAACGGCAUCGACUGGUGAAUUAGUGCCAAUUUCUUCAAAAUCCAAUUAAAAUUUUGCGCUGAAUUUGGACUGAAACAAAGGGUUUGAUUUGUGUAACUUCCCUUUAAGAGGAGGAUUUGUUAUUGAUAAAGGGGAAACUUAAACAUUCCCUUUAAGUGGGAGUUUGAUUAAUGAUUCAAAAGGUUCAUACCUUUCCGAACCUUCCCCUCAGAAGGAAGCCUGUUUUGGUUUAAUGAUCUGUGUUUCCUGUCAUUCUAAACUUCCCCUUUAAAAGGAAACUCGAUCCAUUAUCAGCACUUUACUGUUUCGGCCCUAAAACCCUGAAGUCACUGUGGAGGAAGCAGCGUCCAUCUCGUGGGAGGGGGAUUAGCGGGUCGUGAACUCGGACGGACAGAUUGGACGGACAUUUGUGGCUGAGGUGAUGUUGUGCAUGACCUGUGUUGCCGUGGAGAUGCGAGUAGGAGGGUGAACCGGAGCACUGAAUGUGUGCCUGCAGCAGCAGUCUGACUGUACACACCGACGGACUGACGGACCGAUGAACAGGGUGGAUUUAAAACAAACAAACAAACAAGAAAAAAAAAAACAAACACAAACGCCGAGUGCCAAAGCUGGGAUCUGCUGCAUUCUCACUACACUUUUGAAAAAAAAAAAAAAGGGUUCUUCUUCUUCUUGAUGUAAAUAGGAUAUAUAUGUUUGUUUGUUUGUUUGUUUGUUUUGUUUUUCCUGUAUUGCUACAGAUUUGUAAAAUUUUGCGGGAAAAAUUUUGUUACAUUUUGUAAAAUGGGAGCAACUUGUCCCCCCGAAACCCUCCUUGUUUUUUUUUUCUUCUCUCACUCGAUUUUUCUCGGCUCUUUUUUCCUUCUUCUUUUAUUUUUUUUAUGUUGAUGGACUUUUAAAAAAAACGGUGCCAGCAGUGGUAUGCGUGCAUGCAUGCAACGUUUUUUUUUCUUUUCUUUCUCCAUCUCUCUUUCUCUUUUUGUACUGAACCAGAGUGGAACCACUACAAAAAAACAAAACAAAACAAAACAAAAAAAAAAGACAGACCAGUUGGCAAUACUUCAGUCACUUCCUCUUCAUCUCACCGGCACUGGACUUCCGCCCGCCACUUCCCCGCUGAGAGGAGAGGAGAGGUGGGAGGAGGAGGAGGAGGAGGAGGAGUGAGGAAGAGGGGGGACUUCGCUUCACAUCAAAUCAGAUUUAAAAAACAAAACACAAAAAAAGCACCUUUGGACCUUUUUUCUUUUUUCUUUUUUUUACUGUGCUGAAGUGAAGUCAAGUGCUAUUAUUAUAUUAUUAUAUUAUUAUUAUUAUUAUUGUAGCCACUCUGUCUGGAACCCUUUUUUGAAGAAAAGCAAAGGAAAAAAAAACACAGAAAAAAAGAAACUUAAGCCAAUCUGCACUUCUUGUUCCGACGAACAUGCUUGUAUGACCAAGUGACUGUCGUGGAUCUUUGUUUUAAACCGAUAAGGAACAAACAAACAACAACAACAACAUGAAAAAAAUAACAACAAAAAAAAACGAGCAGUUGAAAAACUGUCAAAAUGGUGGCGAACGCAGAAGGAUUCAAUGGUAACGAUCUCACAACACACACUCUUGACAGUAAAAACCCACAAUCCAGAAUCAUGCUGCCUGAAUCAUACUUUAAUCUCUCUCUUUUUUCUCUCUGUUUCUCUUCCUCGCUCUAUCACUUUGUCCCUUCUCUUACUUUUCAUCCUUUCUUUGUCUCUGUCUCUCUCGUCUUUUUUUCCUUUCUUUUGUUUCCCUUCUCCUUUGAUUGUUUUUUUCUCUUUCUUUCACUCUCUCUCUCUCUUUGUCGUCCUGCACACCAUCAUACACACCUGUAAUAAACAAAAACAAACAAAAAAAGAUAAAUAGCCUUUUAUUCAAUACAUAACUACAUGUUGGCUUGGUAGGCUUAGUUGAAACUAGUUCCAUUCCGACAAAAAAGAAUAAUAGUAAAAACAAAAUAUGAGCUUCUUUAUGUAUUGGUUCUGCCGCUGUAGUGUCCUGGUCAGAUUUAAAGAUGAUAAGACUACAUAUAUCUGAAAUACUGUAUUUACAAAUGCAUACCAGGGCUGGCCUCAACAAACACACAACAACAACAGGGGGAGGGUUUUCAACUCCGUCCACUGGGCGACUGAUUGGUGGCAGUCUGAGGUUUUCACAGGAAGCCCCUGGCUGUCGGUAUGAGUCGAUUGAAAUGCUUGUUUUCUUCGCUUAAAGUCUUCAUAGUUUUUUAAUCUCGUAGCGUUCAUCGUCACUAAAAGCUUCUCCGUCGCGCUGCUGCACGCUCUUCUUCUGCAAAAACCCUAAAGAGAAAGCAGCGCCGUUCGGAGAGGCUCCUGGUGGACGCUCAGCCUUAGAAAGCUUCCAAGAGACUUAUUUUUGCAAGUGUAUAGUUUUAAUUGAAUAUUUUUCUGAUGAAUGAUUGAAUGUAUUUGCUUUUGGGGAGUUAAAGUAAAUGUUGUGGGUUUACUGUCUGAAUGUUUGAAGAGGAAAGAGUCGAGCACACUAGGGAAAGAGUCUCCUUAACGGCAAACAUCUGUCAGAGGUCUUGUUAUUAUUAUUAUUGUUAUAGUUAUUAUGACAUAAAUUUUGAACCAGCUGCUUGUGGCCACAGAACAAAAAGCUAUAUGUUUCCUCUUGUCUGGAAGGUACUGAUUUGGAAGAAAAUCUGUCUUAAAAAGUAGCUGAACAACAGGAGAGAAGAGGUUAGAUGUCUGUCAUCCAAAAACUGUGACACGUGACCAAACAAAAUGGCUGCUCUUUAACUGUCUUGAGCCCUUUACUUCAGAUUGUCUUUGUUUGUUAAAGGCUCGCUCACACCAGCAUUUAAAACUGCUAAAAUUCAAAGGAAAAAUAGUGAUUUCAAUUAAAUUGCCACGGAUUCACAUAAAUUUGCUCUGCUGGUUCUCAGACAGUUACGAUACAGAAGUUGAAACAUCGGAUUAAUUUCACUGCGCCACUUUCACAGUCGCAGUUUUUGAAUGAACUUGUUGGAUGAAACCCUCCAGAUUUAUUCACACUACAACAACACAAGAUCUACAGUACAGCUAGUGUGCACGAGUCCUUCCUUUGUUUCAUUUAAACUUGCUCAUGUUUUCUCAUGUUGAGAUUUAAAUGUUUCGUGCACCUGAUUUCCCCCAAAAAAGAUUUUCAUGCAAUUAAGGCACGUUUCAAGAAAGACAAGCGAGGUUCUGAUUUUUAGAAACUGUGCGACGGCAUCGAGGCUGGACCACUUAUUGGACCCUGAAGUUUACUCUGAUUGUACAGAUGGUUUCCUCCAGUUUCCUCAUGACAUGCAGGUUAAUUGGUGACUCUAAAUCACACCAUAGGUGUGAAUGCGACUGUGAAUGGUUGAAUGGUUGUCAGCCCUGUGAUAGACUGGCAACCUGUCCAGGGUGCACCUCACCUCUCGCCCAGUGUCAGUUGGGAUUGGCUCCAGCCCCCUCACAACCCUUAAAAGAUUACCAGUUUAGAUAAUGGAUGGAUGGAUGGUUGAUUUGCUGCUCCAGGAACUCAGAAAUAACAUCUUGAGAACUCUGUCAAUGCAACUUUUAUGAUUGAUCUACAGAUCUGAACUGUUUUUAUUCCUUCUCCUUUUAGUUCAAACAUGUCUAAAGCAGCUAAAGCAAAAAAAGACAAAAAAAAAAAAAAACAGCUAAAGCAAAAAUAUAAAUCAAGGCAAGGUUUUAUGAGCAAUACUAAGUUCCAAAGUUUCACACUUACCAUAUUACAUCCUUGAUUUAUUCCCAGCUGUAACUACACAAGGUCAUUUGUACUACAAACUGCAGCACUGCGUGGAGAAAAGAAAAUCCCCUCCUUGUGUGAUCCAUCCUUGACUGUCAAGUAAACUUCAGGGGUCUUUAUCCGUCCUCAGCCUCAGCUGUCGUCAGUGUUUUAAUUGCGCUUUGGCACUUAGACAAACAAGAACAAAAAAUGUAGAAAUACCUGUUGUCAGGGGUGAAAGUUUUGAUUGUUUUUUUUGCUUUGUUCUGUUUUCAUAUUCAAAGUCACUUUAAAAGCCUGAAAAGGAGUUUUAAAAGAUUUAGACAAUCAAGACAUGACUUAUGCAAAAGAACUGAAUCACUCUGGUAAGGUUGAUGUUCCCCAAAAAAGUGUUAGGGCUGUAAUGCUGGAUUUAAACAAAUGCAAAUCAACAUGCUGUAGGUACGGACAGGGUCUUCACAAACUGCACUUUCAAAUCAAACUGUCUCUAGAAUGAAAGCAAAUCAAUAGCUGAAGUGUAAUAUUUAGUAAAAAUUAUAAGAAAGGUAGAGAACAUCCCAACCACAAUCCACAAAAAUCCCCUAUUAGACAACUUAGACUCAUGUUUAAGCUGAAAAGUUUCUUUGUCCAUGUAGGACAGUUAAAUUUUUUUAUUACUGGGGAAACCAGGUGCACUUAAAUGUCUUUUUAAGGAGAGUUGAGGCCAGCCCUGCUUCAUAACUGAGGUUCUGCUUCUUCUACUACUGCUACUAUCAAACAACCAGCCCUGGGCACAAAAACAGGCCUGAACACUGUUUCAAAUCUUCCCUCCAGUACUCGAGGCGUAUUUGAUUUUUAACUUUGUAUACCAGCAUUUUUCAAAGUCUAAGUCAGAACCCAAAGUGUGACACAAGAUUGUUUUCGUUUAGUUUUCAACAUGACAAAGGCGCUUUUGUUCAUCCACUUGUGGCCCAGAGUGAGGCUGCGUUUCCUCAGUUUGGACCACACAGUUAAAAGUGUCUUUGGGGAGUUUUUAUGACUUAAAAUGACAAAAAUAGCCAUCGAUUUUUGUUUUUUGUUAUUUGAAAAGUAUUCAAGCUCUGUUUCUGUUGCCCAGGUCAGCAAAACAACCUGUUGAUGUCUGCUGUAUUUCAAUAAAACACAGCCUUUUUCAAAGGGUA